AUGUGUGGUCCAAAGGGUGAGUUGACAGUAGAGCCCACCCUCACAUAUGAGCCUCUUGGGGCCCAGUACGACGUUUUAAGGACCAUAGGCCAAGGAAGCUAUGCCCAAGUGAAGCUGGCCCACCACCGGCUCUCGGGCACAGCCGUGGCGAUAAAAGUCCUGCUGAAGGAGAAAAUACAUUACUACCUAAUCAGGACGGAAGUGGGAAUAAUGAAGAUGAUGAACCAUCCUAAUAUCAUUUCUCUGCACCAAAUCAUUGAAACCAAAAAGAAAGUCUUUCUGAUCCUGGAACUGGCUGAUGGGUGUGAGCUGACAGAGUGCAUUGAGCAAUCUGGCUUCCUGCAUGAGGGCCUAGCCCGGAAAAUAUUCAAUCAGCUCAUUCAUGCCAUGUGCUACUGCCAUGACAUAGGUGUGGUUCAUAGAGACCUCAAGCCUGACAACAUCAUGGUUGAUUCUACAGGUAAAGUCAAAAUCAUAGACUUUGGGCUGGGUGCCUUAGUCAAACCUGGAAUGAAGCUUUCUAGAUUUUGUGGUGCCUUACAAUUUUGUGCCCCGGAAUUCUUCCUGUGCCAACCAUACGACGGCACCAAAGUUGACACAUGGAACUUAGGCGUCCUUCUGUAUUUUAUGGUGACCGGGAACCUACCAUUUGAAGGUGCUACCUAUAAAGAACUUGAAAGCCGGGUUUUGCUAGGACGAUACGCUAUCCCCCGCCACCUCUCAAAAGAGCUACAAGAGCUUAUCCGGUUCCUUCUAACGGUAAACCCUGUAGAAAGACCGACACCGAAGGACAUCAUGGUGCACCCUUGGCUUAGGGAAGUAGAGACAAGUUCAUCAGGCCACUCUGAUAAGAUGGACCCUAGCCACCUGGACCCUACAAUCAUGGCGGUCAUGGCAGAUAUGGGAUUCAACCCACGUGAAGUCCAGAGAUCUUUACUUGAUAAGCUGUAUAAUGAACCAAUGGCAACUUACAGCCUACUGCAAUGCCAGGCACGCCAGCAGGAUGACUACACCAGCCAGCCUGAGCCAGUGAAACCAGGAGUAACACCUUUCCCCACUCUCACAGAUCCUACCACCUUCCCUUGUUACCAAAAGAGGGUAACUAACCCACCAGCCAUUCGAGUCUUUCAUUCGUUAUGUUCAAAAACUGACUCUUCUCAAGACAAAGAGCAGGUAGGGCAGAGGCUAAGAAGUGCCCCUGCACCUGUAAUGCUGCCCCAGUGCCCACAGAAAAGGAUGUUCACUUUUCAUGAGGACAGUGUCUUCACAGAGACACAGCACAAUGGGACUAUGAACUCAAUCCGAGGUGCAUACAGGAGCUGGAAGAAGUGGACAAGUAGGAUUGGGGAAAGUUUAUUACGUCUCUGCUGCUGCACGCCACUCAGGAAGAAAAGAGUGGUGCCCCAAAGGGAAGCAUAG